CCUCCAUAUAAUAUAUAAUAAUAAAUAGAAAAUCCCUACCUCCCGGAGGGAAUUGCUUCCCUGCUUCCGCCAUUGGGAAAUUCAGGUAUGGCUCAAGCAGCGGGAAUAUUUACUGUUAAUCAGACUAUAGGAAGUGUUUUGUGCUGCAAAUGUGGGAUUUUGAUGCAGCCUAAUCCCGCUAAUAUGUGCGCAAAGUGCUUACGCAAUGUGGUGGAUAUAACUGCAGGGUUGCAGAAGCAUGUGGUUCUUGUGCACUGUCCUGAAUGUGAUAGCUAUCUGCAGCCUCCUAGAACUUGGUUGAAGUUACAGUUGGAGUCGAAGGAGCUACUUACAUUCUGUGUGAAGAGGUUGAAGAAUCUGAACGAAGUCCGGCUUGUACACGCUGAGUUCAUAUGGACCGAACCUCACUCCAAAAGGAUUAAAGUUAAGUUGACUGUUCAGCAGGAGGUUCUUAGGACCAUUCUUGAGCAGCCAUACACUGUGGAGUAUGUUGUGCAUGAACAAAUGUGUGAUUCUUGCACUAGGGUUCAGGCUAACCCUGAUCAGUGGGUAGCUUCUGUGCAGCUAAGGCAGCAUGUUUCUCACAGAAGAACCUUUUUCCACUUGGAGCAGCUCAUUCUCAAGCAUGAUGCUUCUGUUCAUUGCAUUAGAAUCAGACAGGUGGAUCAGGGAAUAGACUUCUUCUUUUCUAACAGAAGCCAUGCUGUGAAGUUUGUGGAAUUUUUGGCUAAAGUUGUGCCCGUUAGGCAUCGAAAUGACAAGCAACUCGUGUCCCAUGAUACCAAAAGCAACAAUUAUAAUUAUAAGUAUACUUUGUCUGUUGAAAUUUGCCCUAUUUGUCGUGAAGAUCUCAUCUGUCUUCCUCCAAAGGUUGCUGUUAGGUUGGGUAAUCUCGGGCCGCUUGUCAUAUGCACCAAAAUUAGCAACAACGUUGCCUUAAUGGACCCUUUUACUUUGAGGCACUGCUUUUUGGAUGCUGAUCAAUACUGGAGGUCACCUUUCAAAUCUCUGCUUUCGAGUAGGCAGCUUGUGGAAUAUGUGGUGCUUGAUGUGGAGCCUAUUUCUUCUGAAGUUAUUGUUGGCGGAUCAAGGUAUCUCUUAGCAGAUGCACAGGUUGCUCGAGUGUCAGAUUUUGGGAAAAACGAUACAAUUUUCAACGUGAGAACUCAUCUAGGCCGUGUUCUGAAACCAGGGGAUAAUGCUUUUGGUUACGAUUUGUUUGGUGCCAACAGCAAUGAUGUUGAGCUUGACAAAUACAAAGGGUUUGUUCUCCCUGAUGUGGUAUUGAUGAGAAAGAGAUACGAGGAGCAGCUGCAGAAAAGACGAGGAGACAUAGAGUGGCCUGAUUUGGCCAAAUUGAAAUUACAUGAGAAUGAGGAUUACAAGCCAUCUGAUGAUGAGCUUGAGAUUGACCAGAUGCUUGAUGAUCUUAUUAUAGACGAUGAGGACGAUGACAUGACUGAGUGAAUAAAUUUUCCUCUGGUAGUUGGGAAUUUUAUAUGUACAGUAGAGUGUUAUGUUAUUUCAGAUCAUCCAUUUCCCCCCUUUAUAGUUUGCUGGAGUUUGAUUACAUUUUAAAGCCCGGGUUUAAACUUUAAACACACAGUUUUGUUUGUGCUUUGAUUCUCCUACUGGUAAUGUACUAAUGCAAAAAUGAAACUGUUUUAUAUAGGUUUUUCAAGAAUGCGAAAAUGAAACCGUGAUUAUGGAACAGAG